AUGAAGACUAUGAGUACAAGUGCAGACACGAAGAAGAAGGACACGAAGGACGAGAAGAAGGCCGCUCACCCACCGUUCGAUGGCAAGGACUUCGAGGUGUGGUUCGAGCGCAUGAAGUUGAAGCUGGAACGUAUUGGCGUGUGGAAGUACUGUGAGAAGGACAUCGAGGAGCUGGAGGAGUCGAAGCAGGACGAGCACGACAAGUGGAAGAAGGACUCUGCACGCGUUAAGGAGCUACUCUACGACGGAAUGACGGACAAGAUAAUGAAAACUGUGAAGUUUGAGCCGACUGCGUUCCGGGUCGUGGUCGUGGUUCUGAUCGUGGCCGUGGUGGUCGCAGUGGAGGACGUGGCCGAGGGCAUAGUUUUGGUCGUGGUGGUGGCCGAGGAAGCAGCCAAGGAGCUGGACGUGGUCACGGAGGACAAGGUACCAGUAGAGGAAGGUGCUUUCAUUGUGGAGAGCAAUCGCACCAAGUGCUGGACUGCCCGCACUUAG